AAUAAUGAUUUAAAUAGCGCGCCUGACUAGCAUGUAUUGUAUCGUCUCAUGAUCAUGAACAUCAUACUAUUAAUACACAGGUACCAAGGAACUAAUGAUUCGUCUUCCUGUUAAAAUUGGGAACUAAAGUGCUCGUUCUGACAUUGUUAUUGGAGAACUGGGGCAUUUUAAGACUCUGCGUUACAUUAUGGGCUUUAAUUCUGGGUGUCUCUGCUCGAAAUGAGUACGAGAUGUUUUAGUUACAGAGUGUUCUAAUAAAAUCUUGUCCGACUCAAAAUCGAUAACGCAUAACAUCCAUGUUAACGACUCGAAGUUAUCUAAAUUAUCUCAUCUCUGAAUGGAACAAUUUGACAUGGAAAAUUUCGGCGAAAAAUGGGAGCAUAAUAGUAUCCGUUCCCCUGUAUUCAUCCUAGUUAUCCUCUGUUUCGAACUUAUUUCCAGUUUUUCAACCUUAUUUCUCCCAACCGUAAACUGGAUUCCCUAUGCAUAGAAAAGUCUUUUACAUACAACUUGUGUUGCCGUAAAUUAUUGGCUUUAAAUUUCUCUGCAUAUUACCAAUUCUUAUUCUUUCUCCAAUAUUAGCUAGUAAUAAGAGUGUGUCUCGAAUUCUAGUAGUUAAGUCAUCAAUCAGUAUGGACAAAACUCAAGUCAGUUCCGUUCCUGAGAACGAAGCAUUAAACUCUGAUGCUCCUGGGUCUGGACAGUGUUUUCCCUCGUCAUUUUUGACCGUAGGUACUGCUGUAAGUGCCAAGUAUCGAGGUGCAUUUUGUGAGGCAACAGUAGAUCACGUGGAUCUAAAAUUCCGUCUCCGUGUCCAGCUAAAAACUAAUAAGUCCUAUGUCUCCGUUGAUGAAACCUGUUUGAUAUCUGGAUCUCCUGUCAUUGGAAAUGAAGUGGUGGUUCGAGUCGCUAACGAAACAGCAUUAUCUAAUGAACAAGCUGCCAUAGUGAUACGUGUUACAGAUUCCAGUAUUUACACUGUUGUUUUCGACGAUGGUGAUAAACGAACAUUAAGACGUACUCAACUUGUCAUAAAAGGUGAACGUCACUUUAAGGAGAGUGAAAGUUUGGAUUGUUUACCUUUAACUAAUCCGGAGCAAUUCAGACAACCAGUUAUAGAUCAGAGAAGGAAAUAUCGAUCUGGUGAAGAUGGUAGUAGUAUCUUGGAUGAGAACAUGGAUGAAAUCGAAACUGAAGAUGUAGAUGAAAGAAGUGUGAUUAAAGAUUUUAAUCAAACCAUCUCGUAUCAACCUAACGGAAAUUCAGAUAAACUGACAGAUCGCAAUGAUGCAGAUGAUUUUGAUCCAAAUUGCUCAAAUAUAACAGAACAGAAUGAUGAAGGCCGGACUCGAUCAUUAGAAGCUAAUACCAAUAUAUCAAAUAUGGGAGCGACUGAUUUAAAGCAUUUACCUGCUAGUUAUUGUCGUUUACUCGGGCGUUUAGUCAUGGUUGAUAUGCCGCUAACAGGGAAAGAUGGUUUUGGCUCUCCCUCAUAUGGAUCGUCUACUCCGGCCUGCAAGAGUUCUGGGGUAACACCCCGACGUCGAUUUACCCCAGCUGUUGUUGUUCUACCAUCUGCUAUGCCAAGUAUUGACCUGGGAAGUCUUUCAAAUAUUGCUAAAACACACAAGUCCUACAAAUUUUUGGUCCGUUCGUUUAAGGAUAACAGGUUUCUAGCAGUUCCUGUUGAAUUUGUUAAACGAUUGAAACGACCUGAUGCAGUUGAACUUGCUCACACUUAUCCAGCACUUCGUCCAGCUUUUGAGCGUGCACUGUUGUGGUUGGAUCGACAUGAAUUUCCAGUUUCUUGGGGUGAAAAUGCUGUGCAAACAAUGUUAGGCACAAAAAACUGGCGACAUUCAAGACGUCGUUCCAGGCAAGCGGCUUCAGAUUUCACAGAUUCAAUAAAUUCUAGCCCUUUAAGCUCUAAGCAUACACGUGCUUCAUCGUCGUCAUCCUCUGAAGCCCCACAAUCUCCAAAUACUUGCCAAGGUUUAAUCCAAAAUCCACGUGGCAGACCAAGUAAACAACUUGAACAUUCUACUCGUAAACGACUAAGACAAUCGGAUAAAACCCAAGGUUCCCGGUCAAGUUCACGCUUAAAACUGAAAAGACUUAAGGGAAAUAUUUUGCGUUCAAUUAAAACUGACAAACGACAAAGUGAUGUUUCUUCAAACGAGUCAUUUCGCAUGGAAUCCUCAAAAAAAUCUGCUAAUUAUAAAGUUAUCAAGAAAAGCACUAAUAGUCAUCGAAAGUCAACUACAAGUUUAAAAUAUGAAAAAAAUCCUAUUUCGGGUGGUGAUUUAUUUGACUCAGUAAGUUCUAAUGAAGCCUCGGCAAAUUCUUCAGAGUCGGAUAGUGACACCGGAUCAAUCAGUUCAUCAACUAGCAGUAAUAUAACCGUAUCUACUGUUAGUACACCUAGUAGUAUAAGUAGUAGUCUGAAUAGUAGUAGUAGUAGUGUCAACAGCAGUAGUAUUAGUAGUAGUGAUAAUAGUGGUGCCAGUAGAUCAUACAAUUCAUCAGAUAAUUCAUCAACAUCGUCGGUAGCUAAAUUCGAAGCACGUGAUAGAUGGAUUGCUCAACUGUAUCGAUUUAUGGAUGAACGUGGCACUCCAAUCAACAAAGCACCUAGUUUAGCUAACAAGGAUUUAGAUUUAUAUAAACUUUAUAAACUGGUUCAUAAACUCGGUGGCUUUCAUCGUGUUUCUUCACAACUUAAGUGGGGUUAUGUUUAUUCAAAAAUGGAUUUGCCUCAAAACUUCAGUGCUGGUCCACGAAACUUGCAAGCUGCUUUUAAGAAGUAUUUAUAUCCAUGGGAUGAUAUCAGUAAAAAGUUGGGUACAAAUCUUUGUGAGCUUCCACUAUCCAGACCGAGAUACCCUUCUUCAGCACAAAAUUCAAAUACCAAUUCAACCGGAGCCAAUACCAAUAACUCAGCUUCUAACAACACUUCACAGACUAAACAAUCUCUUGACUCGGGGAAUGUGGAGACAGAAUCAAAGUACUCUAACAUAAAUGUUACUGAAACAGUAGAAAAUUCAAGUGUUGGAGCCAAUAAAGAUGUCCGAACUGUCAGUAGUGCCCCCAUUACCACCAUUGAUAACACAAUAACAACGACGACUAUAAAGAAACGGACUUCUGAUAAAGCGUCUCAGCAACUAAUAGUUGGUCGUUUUAAACAAUCGGACGAUGAACAUACUGGUGCUCACCAUAAUACGCCAAUACGAAAGUCGACCUCGUCAUCACCAUCAUCAUCAUUAGGAAUGGAUAAAUCGUCCAAUUUUGUAUCGACAACUGAUGAUUUGGAUAAACCUAUUUCUUCAGCUUCAUCCAAUAGUUCAUCAAAAUCAGCACCUUUGAAAAAUCGUAAAAGAUUCUAUGACAGUACAAUGCUAAAUCUUCCAUUGUUAAAUUUUGGUAGAGAGUCAGUUGACAAAGUAGAAGAUUUAUCAAAUUGCAUUAUUCCUGUUCGAUCACGUGUUCGAGUUCGAUGCGGUGAUCAUGUUGCUUAUGAAGCUAAAAUUUUGAAGCAUUUACGUCCUCAACCAGCUCUUUGUGGUUUAAAGACUGAUAAUUCUGCUGAUUCACUAUCAACUGCUUCAUGGUCCGGGGUUGGUGAUAUACAAUAUCGUGUUCAUUAUAUGGGUUGGAAUACACGACAUGAUGAAGUUGUUCCCAGAUCUCGUAUAAUUUCUGUGAUAGAAUGGGGUCGGGGUACAGAUGAAGAUCGUCCACAGUCUUGUUCUUCUUUAAGCCCAAUAGUUCAUGAACCUCAAAAAUCCACUUUAAAAAAUCAAAAUAUUGUAACACAUUCAAAACGUGAAUGUGAUCGAUCAUUGGGUUCCGCUGAAAUAAAUGUUAAUGAAAAAGACAGAGAAAUCUUUAAAUAUUUUGCUACAGAAGAUGCACAUGAAGAUGAAGAAAGUAUUCAUAGUCAAACAACUGAAACAGCAUCUGACAACAUUACUACAACAGCACCAAUUGUUCGACGUCGUCGUUUAAUGUUUUCUUCACUAAAACCUGGUAGACGACUCUCAUCUCGAAAAUUAUCUAUUUCAAAAAGAAAUGAAUUUUGUUCGAAAAAAACACCUAAAUUACCUUUAUUGGCUAGUGGAUGCCUGCCUAAACCUCAUUCUUCUGUUAGUAGAGAUAGCAAUAAUAAUAGUAAUACUGAGAAAAAACUAGAGGAUACAAAUGCUGGUUCAAAGAAGUUAAAAACAACUUCCAGUGGUUUUAAAACUAAACAACUAUCUAUUAACCUACGUGGACGUAUCAGUAAGAAAAUCAAGCCUAUCAAGCGACCUCAUUCAAAUCUAUCAAUUGCUUCGGAUGUUUUUAGUACCAGCUCACCGAAUCGUUCUUCUGUCAAGUUAUCUGCUAAGUCAAAAAAAUUAAAAAUGGAAAAUCUUUCAAAUGAAUCAAUUAAUAGUGAAAUCUGUCACAAUACUACUGGUUUAUCAACUCCAUUAGUAGUAGAUACAAAGCGAUUGGUAACUGAUAGAUCAUUAUCUGUAGAUUGUAAAAAAGAACCAAUAGAUUUUGAGGAUGAUGUCAAUCAAGCAAGUAGUACGUUGCAUAGUAAAUUGAGUUGUCAGCGUGAUCAGAUUGAACCAACUCGUACUUCAUCUUCUAGUAGUGGUCUGAUUUCCAAAUCAAAGUUAUCAACUUUGAAAUCUAAAAUAUCUUCAUCGUCUACAAUUAGAGCGAAAAAUCUUGUCUCUAAACUAUCAAAAUUAGCAAAACGAAAAGUUACCAAUGAAUUGAGGAUUUUAUCAAGACAGAAAUCUAAACGAAACGUCAAUAAUGAUAAACACCAACCUCCAAUGAACGAUGAUUCAUCAAAAAAUAAGUUGUCCUCGGGAUCCCCAUCAAUAUUGAUGAUUAGUAAGGAAUACAAAAAUAUCAAGUCAAGUCUUCUAAAUGAUAACAAACAAAUGGUUAUGAAUGAAUACCAGAAUGCCGAAUGUUCAUUAUCGAAUAACUCUACAAUCAUUAGAGUAGAUGAAGAAAAUAAAUCUAUACCUUCUAAUGAAAAACCUCAGAAAAGUAUAACGAAACGAAAUCGACCUAAAGAGAAAGGAACUGAUAUCUCUUCAUAUCAUCUUCAAAAGAAACUUAAUAACACUACAGAUACUUUAGAGAGAGGAGAUACUACCAAAUCUACGUGUACGGAAGAAAAACUUUCGGAUCUUUCCAUGAGUACUAGCACUAGUAGUAGUGGUUCUUCAGGUGCUGUUUUAAAAAAAAUAGAUGAGGAAAAAGUAAACAUAAAGUCUCCAGAUAAAUUACUAACUAAAAAGUCAUCAAAAUCAACUAUGGGUAGUGAACAAGCCAAGACAACGAAGUAUAAUAAUAAUCCCACACCCCUUUUUGAAGAUAUAUCCGAUGCAGAAUCUUCUAAUUCAAAUGAAAGAAAAAGCACUUCUAAGCUAUCGCGUUCUCGAUUAAGUCAUUCUACCCAAAAUUCAAGUAAUUCUUCCCCAAACACAUUUCAAAAACAUAUACGGAUUAUUAAAUCUUCAACUACAAUAUCGAACGGUAGUUCAAAUACUUCAGAUACUGAUGAUGGCAGUGAACAGGAAAUUCAUCGUUCUUUUGAAACUUCUCAUAAUGAAAGUAGCGAUGGUAGUAGUAAUAGUAGUUCAGAAAGUGUUUAUGGUCCUAAUGAUGCACUCCCACGACUUACACGUAGUCAACACAAACAAUUAUUAGGUGAUACACCGCCUGGUUCAGCUUUACAAACUGCAUCACCUGCAAUUUGUAAUCGAACCGCUUCAUCGGUUGUUGCUGCAAAACUUUUAUCCAAUUCUAAACGAUCUCGUACAAAAGAGGUGAAUAAAAUUGUUCAAUCAAAGAAUGGACAACAGUCAUUAGAGAAAACUGAGGAUACAAAUAAAAUCUCACUUUGUCCUAAUACAGAUUUAAUAAGUUCUUCGUUAUCAUCUGAAGUGAAUUAUCUCAAUGAUAAUGUGCCUAAUGUUGAAGCAGAAGUUCACUUGGAAGAAACGAACAUUCAUAAAACUAAAGUUAAUGUAUCACUUGAUAACGAAAUCUCAGAGGACACUGAAAUUAACGAAAUAGAUCUGUCUAUAAAGCAGGAAACCAUUGAAAGCUCCAUGAAUUCAAGUGCUCCACAUUUAUCUCCUGAAAUUAUUGAUGAUAAUACACAAGUUAAUGAUUCCCAUGUGAAUGAAUUAAAAACAGAAAAUAUAUCUCCAACAUCUAUAACCAUGCAUAAUAGACAAGAAAAGGUCAAAAAAGAAGAAGAAGAAGAAACAGGUCAAAAAAUCAGAGAACAUCAUGGGAUUCCAAAUGAUAAUGUCAACGAUGAUGAUGAUAAUGAUGAUGAUCAAAGUUCUGUACAAACUAUGAGCACAGAUCCCAUGGAUGGAUUAUCAUAUGAUUUGACUAUGUCUUCUGAAAAAACUCAUUUACACUUGUCUUCAAGCAAAGAAGACGAAGAUGUAGAAUGUUGCAUAGACAAUGUUCAUCAUCGUCAUCAAACUCAACAACACGCUAAUAAUAUACCUGAAACUAUGAGUACUUUAUCCAAUGAUGAAAAUCAUCAUUCAGUUGAUGAUAUUGUCAACGACAAUGAAGAAUUAAGUGUGACAGUUGUGAAUAAACCUCAUACAGAGCUUCCUACAAUUGAUGAAGAAGAAGAAACAGAACAGCAACAACAAGAUGGCGAUAAAGUUGUUGAAUUAGAACAGGGCAGUAUUUCUAAGAUAUCAUCGCGUAGUCGAAUAAGACGGUCAAGUAAUAACAGUAAUUCAACUGAUGCUUCACAUAAGCGUGGGAAUAAACGUAUACAUUCAACACCACAUCGUGCUACAGGUUCUGAAAAUUCCCCAGUUCCUGCUUUAGAAUCCCCACAUUAUCAUCCUCCAACAUCUCCACAUUCAACAAUCGGUACAUCACCAUUGCCCAGUUGCUCGAAGUCAAUUCAAAAUCAUCCAGUUGACCGUUCUAUAUCUAAUCAUAGACGAUUCGGUGGGCCAUUUUUCCCCAUCGCGGGUUUCGAUGAUCUACCUUCUGAUGUUAAAUGUCAAGUUUUACAAGAGCGUAUGCAUCAAAUAUUGGAAGCAUGGCGUUUAGCUAAACAAUAUCUUAAAGAUUUAGAUCAACGAAGUAAUCGUACACGUCGUCUAAAAGCUAGACAAAAUUUGGAAACAUUGACAUCUUCGUCGAAUUUCAAUUCAACUUCACAGAAUUGUCGACAACUUAUUGACGAACCACCAUAUGCUACCAACGAUAUAGCAUACACCUAAUUAUUAUUAUAAAUUUAUUAUCAUUAUUAUACGAAGAGAUUAUGUGCAAGUGUAAAUUUCUUCAAGAUGCACUAUUAAAUCUUUUUCUCUGAAAAAGAAACUAUAAAUUUUAAUUUCUAAUUAUUUCUUGUCCACUAGUUUGUUUGUUGUCUCUUUUCACUGAUCAUUUGAUUUUAAUCCUUUCAUAUCUAUUUCUGUAUGUGUAUGUCAAUAUGUGUUUGCGUUUGGCGCUUUUUUUGUUUUUUUUAUAUUUUCGUAUUAGUUGCGUAAGUUACCCAAGAUAUUACUGCUAUUCUCUUAUUGUGUAUAUAGUUGGUGUAUGGAGUUGAAUUGGGGUACAUUUUAUUAUUAAUAUUAUAUGUAUAUUUAUUCAAAUUAAUGUAUAGUGUUAUAACUGAACAAAGACCAAUAUGUAUUGACUGAAGGAAGAACGCAAAAACGAUGAUAAAUAUUUGUUAUAAUCAAUGAAUGUAACUAAUUUAUUAAAUAACAUGAUUACUCCUCUCUGAUACCUUGUUUUUAAUUUAGUUUGCAAUGGGUUUUAUUUAUCCAUCCUGUGAUACUUUUGACUGAAUUUUGAUCGGUCUUAGUUGUCAUAUGUUUACCAUAUUCAGAUUACCUCAAUGUAGUCAAUAUGUCACAAGUUUAUGUAAAAUAAAUCGAAUGUGACCAGCAAUGGAAUCUAGAGUGUGCGUUUUGUCCUAUUUUAGAUUCGUUAGUUGGAUGUACCUGUAUCUCAAAGUUUACCCAGUAAACAUCGUUUUUGAGAUUCGGAUACAUUCAGUUGAUGAAUCAGAAACAGAACGAGACAAACAUCCUGGAUCGCACUGCUAGCUAUAUUUCAUUUAUUCCACAAAAACUUCCUCUUCUUAUGAUACGUAAUAGUAGGUUUACUUGGAAAUUGGUUCCUCGUACCAUUUAGUCUGAUUGUUUGAGGACUUAUUUCUUCGAUUUUUUUAGUUGAUAGUUUUACAAAAAUCGUCUAUGUGUGUGUUCUGACCAUGAGUUAUGUGUAAAUGUUAACUGUAAUUUUUCUUCUAAAUUCGAACUAGAUAAGGUGAAUUGUGAAACUAUGUAGUCACGUAUUCAUUGAGAAGGAUUCUUAAGUGUUACAUAUUAAGAGACUUACAUCUUUAAUUGUUCUAUUUGAAGUUUCAUAGUUUGAUUGAUUAUUAUAUUUUUGAUCAAUUUAUAAUCUUCACUCGAUAACCCUCAACAUUAAUGUAUCAAUAAACCAAUUUGGAUUUUAAAUAUAUACUAAGCGUAUUUUUACUUACUGACUGAUGUGUAUUGUCUGUUGCCAUAAAUGAGUUGAGUCACUGUUUCAUUAAUGCUGCAUACACCUUGGUGCAGACCGACACACGUUUUUUCGAAAAUCACAAUUUUCUUCUGGUGAGUUAGAAAGAUCAUUUGGUGCCUACGUAUUUUAGAACUUUGUGGAUUAAAUAUUUAUUUUUAAGUUUUUCAAUCUUCCUGUUGAAGUUAAGAAUUGAAUCAGUUUCUUUCUGGUAUAUGUACCGCCUGUAUAGAUCGCCUUGAUAUGACUAUUAGGUCACUAGUAUUUCAGUAUAGACUGAUAGUGGUUAGCAGUGGGAUCCGUAACAUGCGUUUCCUUUUCUUUGACCUAGUGGAAAUACCGAGACAAUCCCCUCAGGAUGCAUGUAUUUCGAAAUGAGAUUGAUCAAAGUUCAAUCCUUAAUAUUAAAGGAAGAUUCAAACUAUUAAAAAAUGAAAUUGACUGCAGUUGCACAGUUGGUUAUUAAUUAGUUAGCUUCAACGUAGAACCAGGCACAUAAAUGCAUCGGUCCAAGUUGCCAUACAUCAUUAGCACAACAAAAUGAAUACCGAAUUCAUAGAAGUAGUUAAUUUAGUGGUGGUAAUAUAUAAAAUAAAGGUUGUAUAUAAGGAUAUAGUAAAGGAAGAAAUUCAGAUAUGAAGCAAUUUUAAUCUCACGGUUUAAAGGAAGAUAAAGAGUGUAUACACAUAUGCCAUCGUGAUCGAUUCUGAGCCAUGUCACCUAGAGUCUCCGACCAUUGGUUACGAUAGUCGCGCGGACCCCAACCAAGUAGUCUGCGCCUGCCAACAUGGCUUAGACUAAAAUUUAAUGACUUCAAGCUCUGAUACACAACCUGGUGGUUAACGAGAAUCAGUGGAUAGUGCGUUGGGUUUGAGUCUCGGAGAUAGGCAUAUCCGGCUGACGAGCCUCCAAUAGGGCAAAAUGCAUUCUGAAUUAUACUGCUAGCCAUAACUGAUAUUUACUUCCCUACAAACGUUUAGUACUACACUGUGGGUCAAGUGAGUUGGUAGUUACAUUACAUUAUUUAAUAAACUACACACCGGAGACUUGUGAAAAUAACCCAACUAUGCAGAGUUGAGUAUAUUCUACCAGGUUUUUGAACAUUCAUCUCAAAUUCAUGAACUGAGAUAAGUCCACUCUGUUUCCUAUCGUGUUAUUCAUCGUAACUAAACUUUUCAACUGAUAAAAAGUAGUCAUAUGGAAUCAACUGAUCUAAUUCUACACAUUUUUUGUCCAAAAUUAUCAAAGCAACCAAAUUUUCGAACCUCUUAAAUCAUUAAAUCUAUUUUCUGAAUUCGGCAUCGCAUUACCUAGUUGUAUUCUUUAUAUUAUAAGACUUACUAAUAAUAAGUAUUUGAAAGGAAAUAUCAGUAGUAAUUUUUUCUCAGUCAUUUUACUAAACUUUUUUGUUCCAAUAAAUUGGCUCAUAAGUUUUUUUUUCGAUUUACAGUGUUCCUUGAAGUUUCCUUUUUACCAAUCCGCAUAAUUUGUUUACGUUAAUUUCUAACUAUACACACUUGAAACUUCCUUCUUAGCAUGAAUAUUUUAGCUUUCUUCUCAUUUAGUUAAGUGAAAAUUUCCAUUCACACAAUUAGUAAAAAAUAUAAACAGAAGAAAGAAAUAUUUCUUCUUCCUAUUAAUCGUUUUCCCCAUUUGUUCGGUUAUUUACUUGAGGAAAAUUGGUGUGUUUGAUGCUGAUUUUACGAUAAGUUCGGUAAUUUCAUAUUAUUUGUCUUGAUUUUCGAAAUCACACAUUUCAGAUGUGUUUUACGAAUAACUUGCUCAUUUUUCUGAAUACUAUAAAACUAAUUUAUGAUGAGAUUAGUAAAUUUGCUUAGUCAGUGUGAAUUAAGACUACUUGCAUAAAACCAAGUCGUAAGGUACCAGUGGGUAGACAUUCUGGUUAGAGUUUUUUUGGCGAGUUGGUUUUCUACAGGAUGGGGUCGCUAACCCCACGCACAACCCUCCUCCCUUAUUCGGGCUUGGGACUGGCAUUAGCCCCCGCAGGAGCUGCAGACGGAGUUGAGUAGAUAUUCACUGCCAUGUUAUUCGAUCCUCACUUCAGACUAAAUGGUGUCAGUCAUAUAUCAAGAAUUAUUAAGAUUAUUUUAAUUCAUCGAAAUCUUUGUGUACAAUUAAUGCUAUGUGAAUUUGAAUUCCCGUUUCUGUCCGCCGAAUUCCCUCAAUUCAAUGGCAUCAAUUUUUUUUAAUAUAUAUUCCUUGUAGUGGAAUCAGGUGGACAAAUAAUUUGUACUAAUAAAAUGUCAUAUACCUAUGAAUGUCUUAUAUCAAUAACGUUAUCAAACUUACUUAAAUCAGAAGUUAACAAAUUACAUCAUACUCACGUUUUGUUUCCUUAUGUAAUUGGUGUUAAACUAUGAUGUCUAAGAAAUAGUAUUUGUAUCUGAUCAUCUUAUUUUCGGUCAGACAGUAUGUCCUAUUCAAUUUUUUUUGUAAUUUGACAGGAUUAUUCAAUAAGUGAGUAGUGAAUGUUUCAUAAAAUAGACCAGCCAAAUUCUUACUAUAAAUCGAUUUUCGACAAUCGUUAAGUAUUUGAAUUUAGACAGUCGAAAAAGCGUAAACAAAUUAGUACGGCAUUGUUUAAAAAGUACUAUAGGCCUGUUCAUUUUGUAAAAUAGUUACAAAUAAUAAUGAUGAUCGAAGAUUGAGAGUGUACAAUAUGCACCCAACAUAGUAUUUUAGAAUAAAGCAUGAAAUACAGAUGAUAUUUUUCUCAGUCUUCUUUUGAAGUAUCCUCAAAAUUUUACCGCGCACUAUUUAUUAUUGAUAAGAAAAUUCAGUUUUUAUAAGGUCUCGACUUCAGUGAUCAAUUCAACGGCUGAAGCUAUUUCAAAUAUAAUAUUCAUAAAUGAUGUCUUCUCUAUACACGGCGCCCGAUUUUCGUCAAACCAUUCUUUUUAAUAUAGACGAAUGUUCGUACAAAUAACUGUGCAUAUUUUCAAUAUUGACGUUAAAAGCUGUUCACCAUCAAAAUAGACAUAGCGUUCGAAUUGACAAAUCCGUAAAAAUGAAAAAUUUAAUAGCUUACUCCUCUGUUAUUUUAGCUAGUGUAUAUUGAUACUUUAUCAUAUAUUCGAAAAUGAAUUUCAAACAAUGAAAUAGUAAGCGAUAUAGAUUGAGUGACGUGUAGUUGCACUUACAUUCUGUCCCGAAAUUUUGUGUCUAUUUCAUUUCUAAAUAAUCGAAAAAACCUCCACUUAUUUUUUUGGAAAAUCCUAGACCUUUACCUAGUUAAUAUAACUGACAACUAUUACUGUUCUAAAAUAUACUUUAGAUAUCCUCAGUCACAGGUAAACUGAAUUGCAAGGAGUUGAUUGGAUGUAUAGAUCGUGAAUCAAUAAAAGUGUGAUGUUACUAAAGAUAAUGUACUUACACUUGUUCUGUCAUCACACUGCCUUAAAACGAUCAAGAAGUCAUCAACUUCAAGAGUCAAAUGAAAUUAGUGAGAAAAACUUUAAAAAUCAAAACAAUUGAGAUAUAAAGUACUAUACAACUCAUGUUGUAACUAAUUUGAGAAUGAUAACAAUUAAGUCUUCAAAUGAUAAAUUUAUUUGAAACGAGUCGUUUGGCCUUCGAGUUAAGUAACAAAUCGUUCAAUCGAAAUAAAACUUCAUCGAACAGAUUUCUGAAUGUAUGAAAAACAACGGUAAGUUCUAGUACGACAAAUUAGUGUUUCUGAACUUCGCGUGAAAGCAAGCUAUGUUACUUUUAUCUGAACUUGAUCAAGAUUAUGAGGAGCAAAUUAGUAAAAAAAAGAAAGGAAUCAGGAAACUGAACAAGAAAGACGAAUUCUGCAGAAUAAGAUAGAACUGAAUAGCUUUCGCUUAACAGAAAUUUCAAUCAUCACUGUUAUCGGUAUUGUGAUCAAAAUAAAGUUAUAUCUGACCCAGAAUCGCACUACUUUUGGUAAGGGUGUACACUAAUUAUUUAUUUAAUAAAUAAACCACAUAGUGAUCUGAGUUUGGAAUCAACUCUAUAAAUUACUUAUUCAAUAAUACACUUCACAAAUGAUUGAACGUCUACCAGCAUGGUUUGGGAACGACCAGAUAAAAACAAUACGCAGUUUUAUCUUGGCACAUCUAAUUGAUAG